GCUGAUAAAAAACAUUUACAAUAAGUUAUCACCACUAUCUUUCUCACUGUUGUUUGCGGGGUGGGGGACUUUACACGCACACUCAGCCGUUCUCCGGACUCAGAGACAUCCCCCUACGUGGAAACAUUCCGGAUGUCGGCAGAGCUCAAUCUCAUCUUUUCGUUUUCUUGAUACUUCCCCCGGCAGCAGUGUGACAGCAGCAGAGGAUGUUAUUGUGUUCAGACCUUCUCAGGUUUCUCUGAUGAAACCGGCUACUUUUCCGUAAAAACCGAGCCUCCUCGCUAACUGUAGCUAGCCGGGGAUGAUAGAGUAUUUUCAGAGAUGUAGCCGAGGCCGCACAUCUCCGUUACUCGGAAACUAUCAGAAAUUACUGCGGAAAGUUUUUCUCUUCGGAUGAGAGAAGUCGAGACGAAGCGGUCGCUUUCUCCCCACUUCUGCGAUGAUGGAGGAAACCAGGUUGUGACUGACACAAUGUCUUGGGGGGAGUUCAUCGAGCUACGUGACAUGCGGGUGAGCAGAGAGCAGGUAGCGCUGACCGGCACACCUGCACCCUGCCAGCCUCCACGCCUGGAGAGAACCAAUGCCCUGAGGAUCAGCCCGGGAAAGGUCCCAGACCUGCUGAGUCGGGUGGGCAUUAUCAGAAUGCUGAGCAGCACACAGGACCCACAGUUCACUGAGGGAAGGGGAGAAGGACACAACUUCCAACCGUGCAGCCACACUCAGCCCACAUGGUGCGACCUGUGUGGAGACUUCAUCUGGGGACUUUACAAACAGAGCCUGCGGUGUGUCAAUUGUAGAUUCACAUGCCACUACCGCUGUCGUGCCCUCAUCCAGCUGGACUGCAGCUGGGACCGAGGCUCUGUGUCUGACCAAACGGAUGUUGUGGAGCACACCAUAGAAACGGACACAAAUGUGGAUGAACAAAUUGAAUCUGGUAAGCCAGAGUUGACAACGACAGAUAUUCAGCAGAAGGUCAAGGAGUACAAUGCUCAAAUCAACAGCAAUCUGUUCAUGAACAUGAACAAGGAUGGCUCCUACACUGGCUUCAUAAAGGUGCAGUUCAAGCUAGUGCGACCUGUGUCAGUUCCAUCUCCAAAAAAAGGAGGUCAUGAUGGGGGUAGGAGGGGUAGCAAAGUAAAGCGUCGCACCUCUUUUUACCUGCCAAAGGAUGCAUCCAAGCACCUGCAUAUAAGCUCGCGCACUUCAGCUCGCGAGGUGAUCGAGGCUUUGUUGAAAAAGUUUACAGUUGUGGACAAUCCUGGCAAGUUUGCUUUGUUUGAGCGCAGCGAGCGUCAUGACCAGGUUUAUGUUCGCAAGCUGUCUGAUGAUGAGCGUCCCCUCUGUCUGCGUCUGUGCACUGGGCCCAAUGAGAAAGUCCUUAGUUUUGUACUCAAAGAGAACGAAACCGGAGAAGUCAAUUGGCAUGCCUUCUCCAUGCCCGAGUUAAAGAACUUCCUGCGCAUUCUGCAGCGUGAAGAAGAGGAACACAUCAAGCAGAUAGUGCAGCGGUACGCUCUGGCCCGCACUAAGAUGCAGGAUGCUCUGGCUGGCUCAACCCCUGGCUGAGACGACUGCACUCGGGGUUAAAUGUGCACCUUUUGGCUGGAGAUUCGCAUAAAGAAUACCAGUCAUUGUUGCAUCCAAAGAUCCCAGAGAACACAACUCAAAAUGCCUCUUCGGUGAACGAGAGAGUGAGACAAGGGCGCAAGACAGUGAGAGAGAGCUAGCGCGAAUGUGCGUGUGAAAUGGUGCGAGAGAUGAGAAGUGCCUUACACCUGGAGAGUCUGAUGUGCCUGAGAGAAUGAGAACUGAAGAUGGGCAGAUGAGAAAGUGGUCGUGUCCCUCACUGGAUACCAUCUGAUUAUCCUGUACAUCAGCAAUGUCACUUUAGUCUGGAAGAAAAUGUCAGUGAUGGUUUUGGUCAUUUAAUUUAAGGUAUAAAAAUUCCUGUGCCAACUAAGCAUUAGUAGAAAAAGCAUAGUGUCCUCCUUUUCUUCAGAAUACAAGAUUGGUAAUAUGUCAUAGAAGGGACUGUUGCCCUGUUUUAGAUGCAUUCUUUCUGAUCUUGAACAACCAAACCAUGAAAACCAUCUUAACGUCAUACUGACAUUUUCCAGUCUCCUAUUCUGAUAAAAACAGAUGUUGCUGAAAUGUAUUUGGAUUUUCAUUUGGCCCAGGCUCAAAUCUGCCACUAUGCCCCAAAGGGUACAACACUUUUUUUUUUUUUUUGAACUGUCAGUUUGUGAGUAUGACUGAUGUUUUGCACAAUUGUAUGGAAUCGUGAAUGUCAGAGCAAUGCAAGUCACAGUUUGACUGGAAUCAGGAAUGAAUAUUUGUAUACAUGUGUUUCACUGGAGCUGUUUGUGAUUACUUACUCAUUUUUCUGUCUUUAAAGAAAAUGUCCUCUGUCUUUAAGAAUCACUUUCAAUUUAUUUGUCUAUUCACAAAUUUCCAUGUUGUGACAACCUUAAAAUGUCGUCAUAAAUGUGCACUGUGUUCAAUAAAGAAUUUCCCAUUCUACAAAGGUAUCUUUCUCAUACCAUAAGUAAAUUGAGCUAAAAGCAAAAUAUGUUCUUUAUUCAACAUGGUGUUCCUUAUAUUCAU